GCUACGCGUGAUGAAAGUAGCCGCCCUAAGCUUCCCAUGGUCACCUCCACCCCUUCUCGGAGGUUUGCUGAAGUUUGCGGUCUCUAACACGUUUUGGUAUCCUUUUUUCAAGCUCCGCCGCACGUCCCGACGCCUGGCCGGCGAAGUCUCCCAGGGCAGGUCAUUCACCGAACCCCCCCCACCCCGUCCUGGUCCACAGCGGUCAUCGGCCAGCCGCGGCAAUGACCAACCUCAAGGCCAAAAUCCCCCCCUUGUGCAAAAUGGCGGCCACCAAGUGCCGCGAUGGUCUCUGCGAGACUCCGAUCUGCAUGCCCACGCCAUCUAGCGGCGAAAGGACGAACCAGCUGAGAGCGAGAGCGCACUACUCCACCCUAUCCCCACCAGGAGAAACAGUCGACCUCACACUCAGUCGAUAGGUCGCCGGAGCCCUUUUUUUUCUUUCGGAGCCAUUCGGGUUCCCUUCGGGUUUUCCGAAGCCCCUCCCCUGGACAGGCGACCAAAGACAGCUUUAUUUAGGCGAGCCGGCGCCAUUUUUGACGAUUCGGCAGGCAGCACGCGGUAAGGGCGGAUCUCUCUUCGCAGCCCGAGACAACGCGCUUCUGAAAAGUCGUGAACGGCUUUCUCUAAAGCAUGUAGUUCGUUAUCGACAAGGCCAUGUGCCUUAGCACUCAAUUUUUAAUUUUUUUGCUGCCCGAAAUAGUUUAUUUUUUGAAAUAGUUUUUUUGUCUUUACUUAUUAUUCUUCAUGGCGACAGCAAUCUUCCACGUCGCGCAUCACCUGGCCAUCUCCAGGGACCGACCUGAUCUACUCCACCCCGCAGCUUAGGCGGGGAUCAAGAACUAGGAUGAGAGAUUCCGCUCCAAAUUCAACUCCCAUGCAGUUCAUGAGUUAGUUCACCGAAAUUCAUCGCCUCCUGCAAUCGGAGAAUUUCUCAAGAGUUCCAGCUUUCAACAUAUUUUUCCCUGAGUGGAAAAAACCAUAAAAUAAUUUAUAAUUCUGAACAACCAGUUUCAGGACACUUUUAUUCAUUUAACGAGUAAAUGUAAUUUUUUUUAUAAUUUGUCUUAUGAAGAGCCUGCGCGCUCAAUAUUCAAUGGCCUGUAAAGUUAAGAAACCAAAUGACCUUAAAUUCAGUCAAAUAUAACCAUGGUUACUUAUUAUAAUAUCUCGCCCCGGGGCCUCCCAUUUGGUUUAUUGUUUAACAAGAUUUAAUGUAUUAAGUAUAGCAAAUAAGAUCAACAAUUUUCUUGGUAUUUUGUUUCGGCUGUAAUGCCAUGGGUUAUCUUCAGUGGAAUAAGGUUUGUAAAGUAGAAAUAACAGCAACAAAAUCAUUAAGUAAAUGCCAAUGUAAACCAAACCAGAUCUUAUUAUUUUCUUAUCCUUGUCACGAUCCACAUAACCUUACCAAGUUUUAAGGAGGUUAAUCAUAAAUUUUGUUGUGCGUGCGCUGUGCCCCUAUGGGUAAUGUGUUUAGUACUGUUUCUGCCUGGCGCUUCCACGGCCAAUCUAUAUUUGUUCUUUAGACAAAAUUUCAUAUUGAGCGCAGCAGCACGUUACAAAUUGGUAGCAGUUAGCAUGGUUACGGUUACAAUGUGGUAGCAGUUUGUGUGGUUAUGGUUACUCUUAAAUUGUUAACUGUAUUGUGGUUUGAUUUAUGAGAAUGCUUUAAAUUUAUUUGGUAUAAAUAUUUUUUUUGUUUGUCACUAAGAUUUUCGUUAUAUAGUAUUAUUGUAAGUCCUAAAACUGGCUUAACUUUUUACUAGUAAGUUUGUAAGUUAAAAUUUCAGUUAACUUCCAGCGACGUUUUUCUUACGCGGCCCGAGGUCGCCCGCGAGCGUCGGACCCCCAGCUGUGAGCUUAUCUUGAGGACGUGUCCCAGCCACCCCUCCCCCGUCCCUGCGCGCCGCUUAUCUCUCACGGCGCACGUUCGUGGUUUUGUCUUCAGUUCACCGCCCUGUGCGUCCUGCACGACCUUCGCAGACCACUGUCCGCCCGCCGUGGCCUUGUUCUUUUCUUUUCUCGAGCAGCAGAAGUACCAAAUUAAUGUUGACUAAACUAAUAUAUUUUUCAUUAUUUUGGGCACAUACUUCCCGAACGGCUGUGGUACUGAUUAUAUUAUUAAACUAAGCUAAUUUAAGAGUGUCUUAGGUAUAGAGUUUCAGGUAAUUUUAAACAAUAAGUUUAAGUUCUACGUGGGUUAGUUUUGAACAAUCCACACCAAAAAUUUAGUUUAUUUGUUUGUAUUUGUAAGAUUGUACCAACUUCAAAGAAAAGUAAUUGCAAUCAUGCCCACCCCGGAGUACCUCCUCCGUGACGAGCUAACAUACGAACUCAAGUUUCGAGGCUUAUCAGACCUCGGCGACGUGGUCACGCUCCGAAAAAGACUCCGAGCUGCUUGCGCCGAGGAAAUACAACCACACAUUACGCACCUCACAAACCUAGACCCGUUGAGUGAGUUUAAUUGUGUUUGUAGCAAGUUCUAUGACAUACACAGCUACAUCAAUUAUGUCGGAGAGGAAACAAACAGAAACAACAUUCUCCGUACGCUAACUCGCUUGACACAUAUCGGCACGAGGUUUACUAACCUCAAGAUAGUAGCCGCAAAUAAAUUAAAUGGAAUCUACCAAACCGAGAUUGACAAAUGUAGGCAGCAGAUCCCUGCCCUAUGUUUCAAACUGCGGAGUAAGUUGGACACACUUGAUCAAACAUCCCUAGAACCUGUAACUGCAGCUGCAGGAGCAGAGUUUCACACUCAAGUACCGCAACCUCCAAAACAAAUGGAAACCGGAGGUAGCCCAGUCCCUACACCCCCUCCUUUACCCUCCUCCCCUCCAUCUCCACCAGUAACACCAUGCCGUGAGACAUUUCCUUUCAUCACCGCAACAGCCAUUAACGAGCAGUUUUCCUCCGCGAGUGUCAUGGCGACUGGUGAUCACCAGAGCACCAAGGUUACCUACACCCAUCCCAGCCAAUCGUUCGCAGCUCACCCUUUCCAUCGCCCCAAACCCAUAUACCUCCCCUCCACCUCACCCGCCAUUUUCAACCCCUAUCGGCAAUUCAGGUCCACAUUUUCAUCCCUUCAAACCUCCCCGGAAACCCACCCCAUCUCCUCGGCCAUUGGAAGGUCAGCUUCGCCGCUGCUAAAUUUCACUUCCGACCUGGCAGUAACUUUGCCACAUAACUUAUCCGUGCCACCCGGUGACCGAGUAGAGUCACAACUGCCAUACAUCAGCCCCGCCACCUCAUACCUGCCAUUGGCCCCGCAGGUAUAUCAGACUCAAAAUCAUCCACCACCUCAACCAGCUCCACCUCCACCACCUUCACGUGUUAUAUCAAGGCCAUGAUCUUUUGGAUAAUGAGGACUUAAUGGCAGAACUUACCAGCCUUUAUUUAAUUACCAUUUUUUCACUUUUUACAUCAAUUGCCUUUCAUAACAAUCAAA